AUGAGCGGAUCUUCAGCGAAGCUCUGCGCGGACUAUUUGCCCGGCGCACUGAGGGCUCGGGGCCCUCUUUUGCGUGCCGUUCCUCGGGGCACUCGCCGGCCUGGCGCCAGGGAGUAUAGACGGGGUGCUCAUGGCGCGAACAACUCUCGCUAUCGCCCCUCGGUGACAGCUCACCGGGUACCGGUCUGCGAUACUGUGGAUGUGCGGUUGUCGCAGGGCCAGUAUGCGCGCCGCUUUGCGACAGCCGCCGAGGGGAAGGCUGUGGAGGCCGACGCUGCAGCUGGGAUGCAGGGUGGUCCGUUGGCCGAGUAUGAUGCUCGUGUACAGCAGGGUCGCUUGCGAGAUGAUCCGUAUCAGAGACAGAUCAUUGAGCAACUGCAGGACCUGUACGAACGACUGAGAUCCUACAACCCCCCGCCGGUCGUCCAGCCAAGCGUCGAAUCCCUCGACCCCAAGCCCAAGUCGUUCUUCGGCUCGCUGUUCGGACGCAACGCGAAGCAGGAACUCACGAUCCCCGAAGCCCUCCCCAAGGGACUAUACAUGUACGGCGACGUAGGAUGCGGCAAGACCAUGCUCAUGGACCUGUUCUAUGAGACUCUCCCACCCAACAUCAAGACCAAAACGCGCAUCCACUUCCACAACUUCAUGCAGGAUGUGCACAAGCGCAUGCAUGUCGUCAAGAUGAAAUACGGCAACGACUUCGAUGCGCUGCCUCUCGUGGCGGCUUCCAUCGCAGAGGGCUCGAGUGUGCUGUGUUUCGAUGAGUUCCAGUGCACAGAUGUUGCAGAUGCGAUGAUUCUCCGAAGACUCCUCGAAUCCCUCAUGUCCCACGGCGUCCUCCUCGUCACCACCUCCAACCGCCACCCCGACGACCUCUACAAGAACGGCAUCCAACGCGAAUCCUUCAUUCCCUGCAUCAACCUCCUCAAGACCGCCCUCGACGUCAUCAACCUCAACUCCCCCACCGACUAUCGCAAGAUUCCCCGUCCCCCAGCAGCCGUCUACCACCACCCACUCGGCCCAGACGCCGACCAACACGCCCAGAAAUGGUUCGAUUUCCUGGGCGACCCCAUCAACGACCCCCCGCACCCCGCCACCCAAGAAGUCUGGGGUCGCAAGAUCCAUGUGCCCCUGGCCAGCGGCAAAGCCGCCAAAUUCAGCUUCCAGCAGCUCAUCGGCAGCGCCACCGGCGCAGCGGAUUACCUGGAACUCGUCCGGAAUUACGAGGCAUUCAUCAUCACCGAUGUGCCGGGCAUGAAUCUCACCCAGAGAGAUCUGGCUAGACGGUUCAUUACUUUCAUUGAUGCUGUGUAUGAGAGUAGGGCAAAACUCGUCCUCACCACCGAAGUCCCCCUCACCAACCUCUUCCUCUCGGCCGACGACGUCAAAGGCACCCUCAAGGACGGCAGCGACGACAACGGCGCUGAUCUCUCCGACGCGAUGCGCAUGAUGAUGGACGAUCUGGGAUUGUCGAUGCAAGCGCUCAAAACCACGUCGAUUUUCAGUGGUGAUGAGGAGCGGUUCGCGUUCGCGAGAGCAUUGUCGCGUCUUUCGGAAAUGGGGAGUAAGAUGUGGGUGGAGCGUGGGUUGGGGGUCGGGAUGGAUGCGGAUCAUGGGAAGAGUGAACAUGAUGCCUACAGUUGCAUUUACAGACCAUAG